AUGGCGGAUCCAGAACAUACAGGAGAAUUGAUUAGUACAGAGUGUCCAGCUGAUAGCCUUAAUGAAGCAGAAGCAGUCACAACAUCAGCUCAGGAAGAGCAGGAGGACCAACAGAAGAGCGAGACCUCCACCAGCCCCACGUCGACUCACAAGGAUAAGGACGGAGACAGCCUUUUGCACACGGAGAGUGAACCGAGCCUGCUGUCGAUGCCGUGCCUGAUGAAGGAGCUUCGUAGAAGAGACUCUGCAGGGUCUCAUCAGGCCUCUUCCAGCGGAGACAACAAAGCUGCAUCCAACCGCGUUUAUGAGAGUGACUCCUCCAACCCCUGUAUGCUGUCCCCCUCCUCUAGUGGUCACCUCGCUGACUCUGACACACUCUCCUCAGGAGAAGAAGCCGCCCCUCAGGUAUGUGACGGUGAAGACAAGAUGGAAUCUAUACCUGGUUCAGAACAGACUAUCAACCAGCCAUCUUCCUCUAAAACUGGAGGAAGAAAAUCCCGCCGCUCUCACUCAGAGAGUGACAUGCCUUCAAAUGCAAUGGCUGCAAAGAAAAAUCGAUGUCACACUACUGGAGAAGCAGCCACAGGACAAGAGAAGCAAACUAAUGGCAAGCUGGGAAAAGUUAAAGGUCACCGGAGCCAGAAACACAAGGAGAGAAUGCGUUUGCUAAGGCAAAAGCGAGAGGCAGCAGCAAGAAAGAAAUACAACCUGCUGCAGGACAGCAGCACGAGUGACAGUGAAGUCACCUGUGAAUCCAGCACCAGCUCCUCUGACGACGACACCUCUGGAGGCAGCAAGACAAUCAGGACAGAACUUGCAGCUGGCUUCAGACGCGCGACGGAGAGAUCCAGAGUUGGGGCUCAGGUUCAUGGACUUUUGGACAGCAGCGCGUGGGACAGAAACGGCAUUGGGAGCGUUCUGGAAGAGGCCAUGACGCGCUUUGCCGUGAUGCAGCGGCAGACCGAGGAGCGCUUCCGGGUCUGGAUGGAACGGCUCGCCCACCUCGACUCUGACGACUCCUCCAAGCGCUCUAGCGACGGGCAACAGAACCCCGACGCGCGCCCCUCCCCGCCCAGUUCGUUCCUGCCUUCGUCCGAGUCCGCCGAGACCAUGGCGGCGUACGCGUUAGCCCGAGAAAGCAACAGCCUCACCCCCGCCACCACCAUCAACAACAACAACAUACUGCAUGACGUAGUGACUCCCAAUGGAAAUCUCAGCGUUUCAGACCCUGGACUCUUGAAUGUUUAA